UCUAGCAUACAGUUGUGUUCUCCACGUUGGCGUUUCCUGCCUUGUUCUCUCAAGCAAACGCUCAGAAAAGACAUGUGGAUAAGUCGGUGUUCCCCUUCGCACGUGAAUGGAUUCUUCCAGUUCGCAUCACCGGAUUAAAUCGAUAGUUAAGGAAGACUGAAAACUGCAGCUUCUCUGUUUCAGCACCGACUUAAGUGACAUAACUAUUCUUCAGUGUGAAAAAUAAUGGAGGAGCAGAAGCUUAAAGAUCCUCUUGACAAAGUGACUUUGAUCAAAGAUGUCAUCAGUGGUGACUGUGUAAUCAUUUCUCCAGAUGAGUUGAGCAGGAGCAGUGUGGAGGCCAGUGAAUCUGAGAAGGUCAUCCAGCGGCUCAACCAGGAACUGCAGGAGGCCCAUGAACAGGCCAACUCGGGCAAACACAAAUGUGUCGAGCUUCAAGGUCUCUUAGAGGAGGAGAAAAGAGCCAAUAAGCAGCAAGCAGAGGAGUCAGCAAAACAGAUGAAGGUCUUGCAGACUCAGCUCAAGAAGCUUCAGGAAGAAAUGGAGAAUCUCAGGGAUCAGAAGGACAGCGCGGUCUUCAGCAUGCGGCAGGAAGUGCAUGCGGCUCAGGAGGAAGUGCAAGUGUUGCGCCGCACUAUGGAGAAAACAGCGGCUGACCGAGAGCAUGAGGUCAGCGCUCUGAAGGGGAACCUGGCAACACUAACUUCUGAGCUGGAGAAAUGGCAGUUGUCUGCAAACAAGUAUGAAUGUGAGCUUAAUAGUCUACAGGCCAAUCAGCAGCAGCAGAACCAGCAGAGAGACAAAGCUGCUAAACAACAAGCGAGUGAGUUAGAGAGGCUGCAGAAGGACUGUGACAGCAUGCGGAGGGAGUGUGCGUCUCUGAGGUCAGAGAGCGAACAGCUGGCUGUUAAACAGCAGAAAGAGAAGCUCAGUCUGCAGAGUGAGAGCAGCACCCUGCGCUCAGAGAAAGAACAGCUACUGAAGAAGCAACAGCAGCUGGAGAGAGAGCUGGACAGCUCCAAGAAACAGAACACAAGCCUGAGCAACAUGGUCAAAAACCUGGAGAAAACCCAGGCAGACCUGGAGAAACGACUGAGCACCUUGCAGGAGGACCAUCAGAAAGACACCAGCCAGUUCAACAGUCAGCUGGAGCAAAGCAAUAGCAGGAUCAAAGAGCUGCAGAAAGAGUACGAGGAGAUCCAGUCAGAGCUGUCCGGCCUCAGGGAUAAGUAUGAGAAUGCAGAGGAGGAGAAACAUUCCACCAGUCUGGAGCUGCAACAGAGCCAAGAACAGCUGAGGGUUCUGCAGGAAAAAGAAUACCAUCUGUCUUUAUUGCAGCCCAUCCUAGCCGUAGCCAUUGGCCUUGUCCUGGCUUUGCUGUAUUGGUGCUUGGGCCCAUUGUGGUAGAAAGGGGAAGUGGAUCAGGUGGAUGCCCAUCGCCGCUGGAGCCGUGACUGUUGCAGUGACUGCAUAUUUGCUUGCCAAGACCUCAAAAUGAGCAACAGUAACGAAUACACACAUUGAUGUACAUCCAUACCUAGUAAUUGUUUCUCAAAUGUGUAGACAUUGUGUCCUUUUAGUCUAUAUGGUGUUAGUUUGAGUAACAAUUGUUUAAAUGUGAUUUGUUACUCAAAUAUUGAAUGCCUUAGCAUAAUAAUGUGUCAUGUCAAGAUCAUAGUAUCCCCUCAUUUGCACCAUAUAUCAUAGAGAUGUAUUUUAACUACAGAUUCUGGUUAGUUACAGGUAUUUUACUGAACACUGUUGCUUUGCCAAAAACACACACAAACUUCAGCUGCCUUAUAUGACAUAACCUUACUAAGAUAAAUAUACUUAAUAGUAAACAUACUUAAAGGAAUAUUCCGGGUUCAAUAAAAGUAAAGCUCAAUCGACAGCAUUUCUGUCAUGAUGUUGAUUACCACAAAAAAUUAUUUUGACUCAUCCCUCCUUUUCUUAAAAAAGAAGAAGCAAAAAUCAAGGUUGCAGUGAGGCACUUACAAUGGAAUUGAAUGGGGCCAAUGUUUGGAGGGUUUACACAGAAAAAUUUUAAGCUUAUCAUUUUAUAAAAGCACUUACAUUAAUUCUUCUGUUAAAACUCAUGGAUUAUUUGAGCUGUAAAGUUGUUUAAGUCAUAAUUUUUACAGUUGUUUUAGGGUUUGUUGACAUUACAUCGUCAUGGCAACGAAGUUGUAAAAUUGGCUAAAACUUUACACAAAAAAGAUUAGUAAGCAAUUUAUCACACUAAAAUCAUGUUAAAUCAUGCGCAUAUUGUUUACGUCUUGUGUCUAUACUUUUAAAAUAGUGAGUAUUUUAAUGUUUAUGGAUUGGCCACAUUCACUUCCAUUGUAAGUGCUUCAGUGUAACCCAGAUUUGUGCUUUUUUUAAAGAAAAGGUGGGGAAAGUCCAAAACAUUAUUUGUGGUGAUCAUUAUUAUGCCACAAAUUCUGUCAAAUAAGCUUAAAUUGUAUUAUAUCUGGAAUAUUGUUUUAAAGAGAGAGUUCACCCAAAAAGAAAAGUUCUGUCAUUAUUUGUUCACUUUCAUGUCGUUCCAAACCCGUAUGACUUUCUUUCUUCUUACAAAAUGAGAUAUUUCAUCGAAUGUUAGUCUCAGUCACCAUUCACUUUCAUUGUAUGGGAAAAAAAAAAAGAUGCAAUGAGGCUGUCAGUCCCUAACAUUCUGCCUAACAUCUCCUUUAGUGUUCCAUGGAAGAAAGGAAGUCAUAUGGGUUUAAAACAACAUAAGGGUGAAUAAAUGAUGACAGAAUUUUCAUUUUUGGAUGAACUUUCCAUUUAAACCUUUAUACCUCCCUUAACAAACACUUCCACAAGCUGCCACCUGGAGCCAACUGCAAUAAUGUGUUCAAGACAUGUAUGCAUCCAUUUAAGUUUUAACUUGUUCAUACAUUCUGUGGCUUAAAGGCCUAAACUCGUCACCAUAUAAUGUGUAUGUGUCGUGGCAGAAGCUCACCUUGUAUGAAACCAUUAGUGAUUAGAAAUAUGUCUAUGCGCUGUACUUUAUUUUAGUAAAGAUUUGACAGAUUAAUAAUGCUAAUGCUCACUUAAGACAUUAGAGCACUAAUCUGUCAUAAAGAGACCUAUAAUAGAGUGUUUAUGGUUUAUUAUGUUUAUUACGUGUACAGAGAUCUAAGGAAAAAUUACCUAAUGAUGUGCUUAUUGCAAUAAAUAAACUAACCUGGA